GGAACUGGGUAGGGAAAUAAACUGCUCCAGAGGACGAGGACUAGUCCUUUUGGAGUCUUGGGUGGAGGACGAGCGUAUGUAGCUUUCGGUUACCCUGUGGAUUAACCUGUGUGCAAACUGGACUCGGGGAAGUGGUGGUAGGUGCAACGGUGCAAAGGUCUGCCUGCUGAGAUUUGAUCUGAGUUCCCCAUCUCAGCCACUUGAUCGCACUCACUGCAGAGACGUUUGCUCAGCUAAAUAGAGCAAGCUGGUUUAAUGCGGAGGAAAGCUUCCACAGUUGCGAGGCUUGCCUGUGAGCGACGGGAGAAUGGCUCGGUCUGCGGCGUUUAAAAGGAGAAAACAAGCACCCCUUUCCGGUGAAGGGUUUCUCGAAAUCUGCGUUGGAAUUUGACUGUUACAGUGCGUUGGUUGUUUUGGAUUUUCUACAAAGGGACCCCAGUGGAUUCGAAAGGUUUUAACGAAUACAAACCUAUGAUUUCGUCCAAGCACAGGGGAGAGAUGGGCUGUGCGGAGUUGCGCGUUAAGAAAACCAGCACACCUUGUAUUGACAGAAUUUAGCCAAAAUCCUAUGGAGAAAAAAUAAAAAAUAUGGGAAAAUAUGAGAAGUAAGAAGAUUCGAUUCCCCUGACCCUCCAUAUUGUCAGCAGGGCUAAUGUUCCUUUCUCAAGGUGAUUGAACCUGACUUACAAUGGAAAAACUGCUUGUCUGUUUGUUGGUUAUUGGCAUGGCAGUUAAAGCCCAGAUCUGUCCAAAACGUUGUAUAUGUCAAAUAUUGUCCCCCAAUCUUGCAACUCUCUGUGCCAAAAAAGGGCUGCUCUUCGUCCCCCCAAACAUUGACCGGCAUACCGUGGAGCUGCGGCUGGCCGAUAACUUUGUCACAACUGUAAAACGUAAAGACUUUGCCAACAUGACCAGACUGGUGGACCUUACCUUGUCCAGGAAUACAAUAAGCUUCAUAACACCCCAUGCUUUUACGGACCUAGAGAACUUGCGUGCCUUGCACUUGAACAGCAACCGAUUAACGCGGAUAUCAAAUGAAACGUUCAGUGGAAUGUCCAAGCUGCAUCACCUGAUUCUGAACAACAACCAGCUCAUGCUCAUCCACCAAGGAGCUUUCAACGACCUUCUGGCUCUGGAGGAGUUGGAUUUAUCUUAUAAUAACCUGGAGACCAUCCCCUGGGAGGCCAUUCAGAGGAUGAUCAGCUUGCACACUCUCAGUCUGGACCACAACAUGAUCGAAUACAUCCCUGAAGGCACCUUCUCACUCUUGCAGAAGCUGAACCGCCUGGAUGUAACCUCAAACAAACUCCAGAAGCUCCCACCAGAUCCCCUCUUCCAGAGGGCCCAGGUCCUGGCCACCUCAGGCAUCAUGCUCCCGUCUUCGUUUGCUUUGAGUUUUGGGGGGAACCCGUUGCACUGCAACUGCGAGCUGCUAUGGCUAAGACGCCUUAGCCGCGAGGACGAUCUGGAGACCUGCGCCACACCCGGCCACCUUUCCGGCCGCUACUUCUGGUCCAUCCCAGAGGAGGAGUUUCUGUGCGAGCCGCCCCUCAUCACUCGCUACUCCCAUGAGAUGCGGGUACUGGAAGGUCAGCGGGUGACCCUGAGGUGCAAGGCCAGAGGAGACCCUGAGCCAGCGAUCCACUGGAUCUCCCCAGAGGGCAAGCUGGUGUCGAACUCAUCCCGGACUCUGGUCUACAACAAUGGCACCCUGGACAUCCUAAUCAGCACGGUGAAGGACACAGGGUCGUUCUCCUGCAUCUCCUCCAACCCAGCUGGCGAGGCACACCAGACAGUGGAGCUUGUCAUCAUCAAGCUGCCGCACAUCACCAACAGCACUAAUAAUAUCCAGGAGCCGGACCCUGGCUCCUCAGACAUCUCAACCUCCACCAAGUCUGGCACUAAUGGCAGUAACAACACAGGAGAUGCCAAGACGAGUCCAGACAAGAGAGUGGUCAUCGCAGAAGCCACGUCCUCCACUGCCCUCAUCAAGUUCAAUUUCCAGAGGAAUAUUCCUGGUAUCCGCAUGUUCCAGAUCCAAUACAAUGGCUCUUAUGAUGACUCUCUUGUUUACAGAAUGAUCCCGCCAACAAGCAAAAACUUCCUGGUGAACAACCUGGCGGCAGGAACGGUCUACGACCUGUGCGUUUUGGCCAUUUAUGACGACGGCAUCACCUCCCUCACAGCCACCAGGGUUGUGGGCUGCAUCCAGUUCACCACUGAGUCAGAGUACCUCCGCUGCCACUUCAUGCAGUCCCAGUUCCUCGGGGGCACCAUGAUCAUCAUCAUCGGAGGGAUCAUCGUGUCCUCCGUCCUGGUGUUCAUCAUCAUCCUGAUGAUCCGGUACAAAGUGUGCAACAACAGCGACCCCAGCAAGGGCACGAUGGUCACGGACGUCCACUCGCAGACGAACGGGGCUCAGUCGCAGGGCUGCUCCGUCACCCCGUCCAUGUCUAAGCAGGCCAUGGUGCACGAGAGCGAUGCGUGCCGCAAGGCAGCGGGCACCGACACGGUGACGCACUCUUCCGAGACCUCCCUUCCGGAAUGCUCCACCGCUACCUCUACGGCGAGCCAGAGCUGGACCCCUGGCUCCUCCGGUUCGCUGAAGCCAAAACGCAAGGCUGCGCCAAAGCCCUGCAUGGAGUCCAGGAUCGAGGCCCUGCCCAGCGCUGAGACCCAGAACACGAACCGGAAUAACUCCACAGCUCUGCAGCAGCCCUCCCCCUGCCCCUCUGCCCGCAUCAAGGAGGCGCCAGUCUUCAGGAGAGCGCACGCCAGGUCCGGCGCCAAGUACCUGACCCUGCCUAUAGAAGGUGAUAAGGCCAAGCGCAGGUUCUCUCUUAAUGAAGACUUGUCCAAGUAUCACUGCUACAUUGGUUCUCAAAGGUUGGGUAGUCUGUGGUCCAAGAGGAGUCUUUCUAUGAAUGGAAUGCUGCUCCAACUGGAGAGCUCUGAUAUAGAUGGGGGGAAAGGCAAAUUUUCAAGUUCUGAGUGGAUACUGGAAAGCACUGUGUGACUGUGGUUUUUGCACCCUUAUUCGUUUUUUUUUCUCCCUGAACAGUUUAGGUCAGUUUUUGUUUCAGAUGGUCAAAAUGCAAGCAGAGGCUUCUCUUGUAGGGACCUGGAACACCGUCUUUGUUGCCCGAGAAGAUGGCUGUUCUAGCAGGGUUUUGAACCAAAAGCACAAAAUGACUGUGCUAACCUCCAUACAACAAAGAAACAAACAAAAAACAAAGGAGAAAUCACACCUAUACAUAAGUUAAUGAUUAUCAUUGUGAGAAAAAAAGCAUUGGUGCUUUCCUUUGCAUAAAAAAUUGGCAUCUUAUAACAAGCAGUUGGAAGCACCAAUGAGAAGCCCCAAUUCCUGUCUGGGAUGUGGAAUGGGGAAGAAUGGAAAAGAUUUCACAAAAAGCCUUUUUACAGAGGAAAUAACAUUUCCUGCAUAUUAUAGAAACGAAAAAAGAAAAAAAAAGACUUCUUAUUGGACCUCUGAUUAAAUUGUUAUUUUUUAAAGAAAAAAAAACAGAGCUUUCUUUUCAGUGACACUAUUAUUGCCUUUGUUUUAAGGCACAAAAAAAAUCUCUGUACAGAAAGACAACAUCUGCUGUGUUGUUAUGUUGUGUAAAAUUAAAAAAGAAUAAGUAUACCAAAA